CACUCACUUUCUCUCUCUUCUCACUUUACACUCUCUCAACUCUCUCUCUCUUCACCAUUAUCAUCAUCAUCUUCAUCAUCGAUUUUCUCUCUCCUCGAAUUCGCUACAAUUCAGGUUUUGUUCUUAGCUGCGGAUUAUCGGAGAAACUUCUGGAACCGGCAUUUUUUCCACCGAUUUUUUUGGUAUCUGAGAUGCAUUUUCAGUGAAGAAAAUUGCAUCUCAGAUUUCGAUAAUUUAGGAGUUAUUUGAUAGAUAAAACUUGUGAUGACGAUAUGCGGAGCAGGUAGAGACACUAUAAUUGGGUAUAUCAGAUGAUAUACUGUGUUCUUAUCAUGCUUUGCUUUAUCUGCCAUGGAAAUUGUUCAGUUGAGACUUGGUCACAUGUACAAUGUAUUUGCUGUAGUGAUAUGCAUUCUGGCCGCUGGUAGCAGAGCUCUCAGUCCUGACGGUGAGGCCCUUGUGAAUUUUAGAACAUCAGUUCCCAACUCAGAUGGUAUUCUUCAAAAGUGGAGACCUGAAGAUCCUGAUCCAUGUCGGUGGAAAGGAGUGACAUGCAAUGAGAAAUCCAGGCGGGUUAUACAUUUGAAUCUUUCACACCACAAGUUGAGUGGACAAAUACCUCCUGAUAUUGGGAAGCUUGACCAGUUGGAGAUCCUGGAACUUAAUCACAACAAUUUUUAUGGAAAAAUUCCUUCAGAACUGGGAAAUUGUACAGGGCUGCAAGUACUAUACCUGCAAGGCAACUAUUUAAGUGAACAGAUUCCUAGCGAGCUGGGGAAUCUUACCGGGCUUCAAUCUCUUGAUAUAUCAAGCAAUUCACUCAGUGGAUCAAUUCCUCCUUCACUUGGACAACUAAACAAACUCACUGCUUUCAAUUUGUCUACGAACUUCCUGGUUGGACCCAUACCGUCAGAUGGUGUACUUGCCAAGUUUGCUCAAGACUCUUUUGUAGGAAAUCGUGGCCUCUGCGGUAAGCAAAUUGAUGUGGCUUGCAAGAAUGGAGGGACGGGAGGAAUUCCAGGUAGUUCUCCAGGUCAAGGUGAUGGCAAGAAGCCGUAUUCGGGCCGACUACUUAUUAGCGCAUCAGCAACUGUUGGAGCCUUACUUUUGGUGGCUUUAAUGUGUUUCUGGGGAUGCUUUUUGUAUAAGAAGCUUGGUAAAAAUGAUGCCAAAGGUCUUGCAAUGGAUGUUAGUGGAGGUGCAUCAAUUGUGAUGUUUCAUGGAGACCUUCCAUAUUCUUCAAAAGACAUUAUUAAGAAGUUGGAGAACUUAAAUGAGGAACACAUAAUUGGCUGUGGUGGCUUUGGUACCGUGUACAAACUGGCUAUGGAUGAUGGUAAUGUCUUUGCAUUGAAGAGAAUCGUAAAGUUGAAUGAUGGUUUUGACCGAUUCUUUGAAAGGGAACUCGAAAUUCUUGGGAGCAUCAAACACCGAUAUCUUGUAAAUCUUAGAGGAUAUUGCAAUUCACCCUUAUCAAAAUUGUUGAUAUAUGAUUAUUUACCUGGAGGUAGUUUGGAUGAAGCACUUCAUGAGAAAUCUGAGCUGCUGGACUGGGAUGUGCGCCUGAAUGUAAUUUUGGGGGCAGCAAAAGGGCUGGCCUACCUGCACCAUGAUUGCUCCCCUCGCAUAAUUCAUCGGGAUAUUAAGUCGAGCAACAUAUUGCUUGAUGCAAAUUUUGAGGCCCGUGUUUCUGAUUUUGGACUGGCUAAGUUGUUGGAGGAUGAGGAAUCCCACAUCACAACAAUUGUUGCUGGAACAUUUGGUUAUCUUGCUCCUGAGUAUAUGCAAAGUGGGAGGGCUACUGAGAAGACUGAUGUUUAUAGCUUUGGUGUUCUGGUUCUAGAGGUCUUGAGUGGAAAACGUCCAACAGAUGCCUCUUUCAUUGAAAAGGGUCUAAAUAUCGUUGGUUGGUUGAAUUUUCUAGUGACGGAGGAUAGACAAAGAGAGAUAGUUGAUCAACAUUGUGAAGGGGUGCAGCAGGAAAGCCUUGACGCUCUGUUGUCAAUGGCUAUGCAAUGUGUCUCUUCAUCUCCUGAAGAUCGACCAACCAUGCAUAGAGUAGUUCAAGUACUGGAAUCUGAAGUGAUGACGCCAUGUCCUAGUGAUUUUUAUGAUUCAAAUUCUGAUUGAGCUAUGGGAGGAGCAGUGUGUUGGGAUUUUUCUCUUCUCUAGCGACUUCUUAUAGAGCAGAGGGAGUGAUGCAGUGGCAAAAACAGCAUUUGCUAUUUUGUUCAUUCUUUCUGAGCUCUGAGGCAAUUGGAAGUAGCCAUUCUCCGCAAGAUGACGUUCCCACAGGAAGCUCUCUGGUGGAAUUUUGCCAUUCGUGAUUAGGAUUGGGAUAAAUUGAGUAUCGACAAAUUGUGUGAGUGCAGUUAAUCCAUUUAUUUACCAUAGUUUUGUUUUGUUUUUUUUUUUUCCUCCAACAUUUGUUGAAGUGUAUAUACUUAUUGUACAAAUUGAGACACUACUGGCCAUAAAUGAUUACCCUGUUACUUGUUUGUCAUCUUUGUAAAGUAGAAAUUACCUGAAUAAUUAGUUUAUCAGCAUUUCUUGUUUUUGGGACUCAGUUAUCGACUAUUGCUGUACUUCAUUGCCAUAGUUGCAUAGUUUUUGGCGGCUAUCAAGCUUGUCUUUAAUCUUUA